GGAAUUGUUUUGCCUUGAACAUGGAAUUCAACCGGAUGGGCAGAUGCCCAGUGACCAGGUCGUUGCUGGUGGGGAUGAUGCCUUUAAUACAUUUUUCUCAGAAACGGGAGCUGGAAAACAUGUACCACGUUGUGUGUUCGUUGAUUUAGAACCCACUGUCGUUGACGAAGUUCGAACAGGAACGUAUCGUCAGCUGUUUCACCCUGAACAACUAAUAUCAGGAAAAGAGGAUGCAGCAAAUAAUUUCGCAAGGGGACACUAUACCAUAGGAAAAGAAAUUGUUGAUGUAUGUUUGGAUAGGGUUCGAAAGCUAGCUGAUAAUUGCACUGGAUUACAAGGAUUUUUGAUGUUUAAUGCAGUAGGUGGAGGUACAGGUAGUGGUCUUGGUUGUUUAUUAUUAGAAAGGUUGGCUAUAGAUUAUGGAAAGAAAUCAAAAUUAAAUUUUUGUUCGUGGCCAUCUCCUCAAGUAUCGACAGCUGUGGUAGAACCUUAUAAUUCUGUAUUAUCAACACAUUCCUUGUUAGAACAUACAGAUGUAGCAAUUAUGCUCGAUAACGAAGCAAUAUAUGAUAUAUGUAAGAAAAAUUUAGAUAUAGAAAGGCCAACUUAUACCAACUUGAAUAGAUUGAUUGCUCAAGUUAUAUCUUCAUUAACAGCAUCUUUAAGAUUUGAUGGUGCUUUGAAUGUUGAUGUAACAGAAUUUCAGACUAAUUUAGUACCAUAUCCUAGAAUUCACUUUAUGUUAUCAUCAUAUGCUCCAAUCAUAAGUGCUGAGAAGGCAUAUCACGAGCAAUUGUCUGUUUCAGAAAUAACGAAUUCUGCCUUUGAGCCUGCAUCUAUGAUGGCAAAGUGUGAUCCCAGACAUGGAAAAUAUAUGGCUUGUUGUUUAAUGUAUAGAGGAGAUGUAGUACCAAAGGAUGUUAAUGCUGCCGUUGCAACUAUUAAGACAAAGAGAUCUAUACAAUUUGUUGAUUGGUGUCCUACGGGAUUUAAAUGUGGAAUCAAUUAUCAGCCCCCUACCGUGGUGCCAGGAGGAGAUUUAGCAAAAGUUAUGAGAGCUGUUUGCAUGAUCAGCAACUCAACAGCAAUAGCUGAAGUAUUCUCAAGAAUGGACCAAAAAUUUGAUUUGAUGUAUGCGAAAAGGGCUUUUGUUCAUUGGUAUGUAGGGGAAGGUAUGGAAGAAGGAGAAUUUAGUGAAGCUAGAGAGGAUUUGGCUGCCUUAGAAAAAGAUUAUGAAGAGGUAGGAAUAGAAUCGAACGAUGGCGAGGGAGAAGAUGAGGGAUAUGAAUGA